GUGGUGACGGCGCACUUCAGGGGCAUGCUGAGCCUCACUGACGAGGUCAACGACGAUUGGGGAUUCCUCAAGGAUUUUCUAGGCUACAAGUCUCACGUCCGAGACUCCGAGACCGGCGAACUCACGGCGCCCCGCUCCGACGCCAACCCACAGGCUGUCGCCGCUUCUCCCGCGCCGCACCUGGGCCUUCACGCGCCCUCGCAGUUAACACCGCCCUCGCCGAGCCACGCGGUCAGCCCGCCACAGGGAUCUCUUUCCUCUCCGCUCGCGGCGCUGUCCCCUGCGUCCCACGUGGGCACGCCCCUGCCCUCCAUCUCCACUCUAGUGCGGUACCCGCCAGUCUCUUCCCCCUGCGUGUCGGGGGCGCCCGAGUGUCUGACCCCCGGUCACCAGGUGCCGCCCCUCACCCCUGAGGACGGGUGCCGCAGCCUCGAGGCACCGCCCACUCCGCUGGGAAGCAUCCACGACUCGCAGCAGUUCUCGGACAGCGACGCCAGCUGCCUCGUCCCCUCCGAGGGCAGCGCUUUCCGCUCCGUGACCCCUUCAGGAGAGAUCCCAGAUAGCAAACCUUCACCCUCGCUUCUCAGGGAUCUCCUGGUACUCGGCAAGCCGCCCAGGUCACAACAUGACCAGGGUCGGCUGGGCAGCCUGGUCCGGAGCGGGGAAAUGGAGCGGUGGCAGGAGGUGGUGCAGUACUUAGGGCUGCCCAACCCCCACCACACCCAGGCGCCGCACACGCCCAUGGCAGCCCACAGUGCCUCGCCCACCCACGCUCAUGGGCAUGGACCCCCUCUCCACCACCCGCACGCCCUCUAUCCUCCCCACGACGCCUCCACCGCCACGCCCGCGGCGCCCGUGCCCAGGGGCGUCCUCCUCAACAACGCCACGUUACCGCCGCCUAUGUCAGACCCCAUGAGUCACAACAUCACAUACACCAACAGUAUGGCUUCGAGCCACCUGGUGACUACCAGCAUGAACCUGACUAACAAUUCAGACCUUGCUGGCAGUGACCAAAACCAGUACAAGAUGGAGGCCAACACCUCACUGCCCUCCGAAAUGAUGUAUUACCAGAACAGCAGCCUCGAAGCUUUUAUGCUGAAUGAAACAACAGAUGCUUUUAUGGUGAAUGAAACAACAGAUGCUUUUAUGCUGAAUGAAACCACAGAUAGACUCAUAUCGGACGUUUUGGCUGCAGAGAAUACAAGUACGGAGAUGAAUCAGACGACUGAUGGUCUCUUGUCCUCCAUCCUCAAUGAUGAAGCUUUGGGCUUGAUGGAAAUGGCCAUGAAUGACUCCGGUUGCGUGCUGCCUCAGCUUGGUGGUGAGGAAGGUGUGGACGCCUCCAGUGACUCAGCAGUAUCCUCCCUCAGUCCUGAUGAAACCUGGGGCACAGUGGACCACACUACACGACCCCAAGACAAUGGCAGUCGAAACCAGAGUGGAGACUACAGUGCAGGAAGCUAUCGCUAUGGACCUGAGGAUCCCCACAGAAUGCCACCAGUACCAUUAAAAAAGCAACACAUGUUUGGCAGAGACAAGAGAUACUUUCAUGAUAAUCUACAAGGAGCAACUGGUGGCAUGGGAGGUGGCAGCAGUGCAGGUGUUGGAGAUGUCGGAGGCUAUGGAGGCCAUUAUCCUCCACCUGGCAUCCAAACCAUGGAGGGAGCCACUGCCUUGGAUCCUGCUGAGAUGAAGUAUUCUUGCACGAUGGACUUCCGAUCCCAAGGAGAGGUGUCAGGUUCAGGAGUAGAACAUGUUCAGCACAACCACACAUACCACAUGUCUCCUGAGGGGCCAUCAGGUCUGUCACGUCCAACUUCAAGAGAUAAGCAAAAAAAUCGGAAGAAUGAGCAUGACCGGGCACUCACAAGAGAUGAGAAGCGAGCCAGAGCGAUGAACCUGCCAAUCACCUGUGAAGACAUCAUCAAUCUUCCCAUGGAUGAGUUCAAUGAGCGGAUCUCCAAAUACGACCUAACUGAGGCACAGCUUUCUCUUAUCCGAGACAUCCGACGUCGUGGCAAGAACAAGGUUGCUGCUCAAAAUUGUCGCAAACGGAAGCUGGAUCAAAUCCUUCACUUAGCAGAUGAAGUAAAAGCCAUUCAGAAUCGCAAAAAUGAGCUAUACAAUGAGUACGAAUACUUGAGCUCAGAACGAACCCGUAUUAAACACAAGUUCUCACUAUUGUACCGACACAUAUUCCAGAGUCUGCGUGAUCCUGAUGGCAAUCCAUACUCUCCACAUGAAUAUUCACUGCAGCAAUCCGCGGACGGGAGUAUCUUGUUGGUCCCUCGCUCCUCCACUGCUCAAGGCAUGGACCCAAGCUCCAGUAACAAGCCAAGAGGGAAGGAUGACCCCAAGCAGUGAGCUAGCCAACCAACCCUGCCAUACUGCCUCAUCAUCUAGACAAAGAUUCACUUCUAAUGGCAUGAAAACAAAUCUGAAAUCUCCAUUACUGUUAUACGUUAGAAAGACUUGGCUUGGCUUCAUACAGUGCACUUCUGCCAGAUGUGCUGCAGUGCUGCUAAACAUUGCUGUGCUCAUCAGAAUUGUUGAUAAAACUAGUUCAUGGUGCUGAUGUCUUUGUUCAGUGGCACUGAAUGUUUUGUUAUUGGUGUUCUGUCCAUCACAUACCACAUAAAUUUGGUUUCUUGUUGUUUCUUAAGGCUGAGUCAUAGUACAUAUAUGAUAGAUGAAAUGCAGUGUAAAUGGGUUGUUUCACAAUAGUGAAUUAUGGCUGCUAAUUUAGCAUUUUAUCCAUGAAAAUGAAACGGGCCUCAGUUAAUCAAGUUUCAGCUGCAUUUUGCUCACUGCUCGUUCACCUGGGUCUGCAAAACUGAAAGAGACAUUGAUUAAACUUGCUUAUGGUAGCAAUGUUUUUAGUUAAAAAGGCUGUGAUGAUAACUCGAGUAAAUCGCAUACAAACAAAACAUUUAUGGGUGUUUGUGUAAGUGAAUGGAUAUUUUAUGUACAUGUUUAUAUAUAUAUGGUAUAUAUAUAUGUGUAUGUAAAUAUAUAUGUAUAUAGAUAGAUAAAUAUACAUG